AAAAAUGCCGUCCCCGAAACCCCUGGCGACCGCCGCUGGCAUGCUCCAAAACCGCCUGAGCACCACCCUCCGUACACGAGGCGGUGGCGGCGAUGGCCCGAGCCGGUGGGCCACAGCCGGCCACCAAGAACGCCCCAACGGUUAUUUUUUGAACCGGACACCUCCACCGCCGGGUCAGUCGAGGAAGUGGGAGGACUGGGAACUUCCAUGCUACAUUACCAGCUUCCUCACUAUCGUCAUCCUCGGCGUUGGGCUCAACGCCAAGCCCGAUCUCACCAUCGAGACGUGGGCACACCAGAAAGCCCUCGAACGCCUCGAAUCGGCCCAACAGAUGGCGACCCUUUCUGAUGAUUCCGAGUGAUUUACCAAUUUUGGUAAGAUUAAUUUGGAUAUCGAAUUAGAAUGAUCUGUUGAUAUUAUGGUGUUUUUUAGGUGUACUUGGGAGAAUAAGGGUUCUUAAUUGUUGAAUUGGGCACUUCACUUCUUUGUUUACAAGGACGAUUAAUUAUUGGAAAGUUGACUGUUCCUUUUCCGUUGUUGCAAUUACAAUGUAUCAAACUUCGAGAGAAAUUUCUGAUUUUCUUAACUGAGUUAUGUGUUUCCGUGUUGAUCACCAGUUUCUACCUUCUAGAUUGAUUAGAAAAUUAUUCAAUUGGAUGCGUUUGGAUGCUAAUAGGUUCACCACUGAGGUAUGAUAGUUUUCAGAAGUUAGGUCCCACAUUAUAUCGAUAUAUGCUGUAUUUGACUUUAUUGUUGCAUAGUCGGAAUUAUGUGCUGUCAAAUGUGUUCGAUCCCCUGCUGAAGCUUAUAACUUGGAGUGCUGUGUUUGUCUUGUUUCCUUUCUUUCUUUCUUUCUUUCUUUUUUUUCUUUCAAUUGAACAAUAGC